AUGCCGUACGAGUUUGACCUGCGGUUUGUGUCUGCCGAGUCCCGGCCUGUACCGGCCGAUCCACUGACCUCUGAGCCGCCCCCGCCGCGAACCUCUGAACCGCCGCCGCCGCGCACCGCCCUGCUGGUCAGCUAUAAUGGCGAGACCAACAUGGCGGUGGAGCAGCCGUGCCGGUUCAGAGGCACCAACGUGUCGCAUUGCUACGAGCGGUAUGCGUGCAAGUGUCAGGACUCUGCCGACAACACGUACCGCUGUAUCAGGGAAAUGUCGGCGGGCCUGGACCGGAUCGUCUGCAGGUUCUCACAACCAGAGUUCUGGGAGGUGUACGACCUGUCGGCGGACCCUGACCAGCUCAAUAACACGGCUCCGAGCCUCUCGGACGCCGAGAGGGACCGGUGGCGGCGCCGGCUGGAGGCGGCCGAGCGCUGCUCCGGCGCCGCCUGCCGACACAUCUAGCUGUGUCACUGUGUCAUUGUAAGCUGUGUGUGUAUCCUCUGACUGGCUGUGAGUGAUCCGAGUCUGACUGACGACUCCGCGGUGAUGUAGGCUGUGGAUGUAAGAGGCAUUAUUGUCAGAACUGGAGCCGGUAGACGCUGGUUGGUCGCAUUGCGAUUGGAACCAAUUAAUCGUGUUUUGUGUAAUAGGUAAUGUAGGCGCGAUGAGCGGCGAUGCGCGGUGUCUUUCGCUGUGUAGUAAUGCACAAGGGGGAUGGGAGUUUAUUUUCCAAAGUUGUUAAAGGGUCGUGCGACGGUGGAAUAGUCUUUUUACGAAUUCGGUGGGCCUGUAUCUUGCGACAGGUACACUGUCGUCUAGCACGGAUGAUUUUGCAUUUAGUUAGAAGGUUGAAGGUGACAUCUGCUCAGUGCCGGGAUUCGUCGACAAAUAGUGAUUGAAGCUUUUUGAUUUUGUAUGUGAUGAGUUAUGUCUUACGAUACGUUCUACACAUGUCCCGUUUAUUCCGUUUCGGAACCACGUUCUUUUGUAAGGACGAGUGAAACCAAACAGAGUUGGUGUCCCUUGUCACAAAUAUAAUCAUCAAUCAAUGUUCACGGUACCAGUUGAAGUCACAGUUGUUUGAUGACAUCGAUGGCUACUGGAGCCGCUUUUUAUCGAAUGUGAGUUGCAUCUGUGUUGUGUAUGACGUUACCAUUUGACUGGCACACCGCAUCAACAUGAACUGUGUCAAUGCA